AUGGCUCGCCGCCUCCUCGCGCGCCACUUCCUCCCGCAUCUCCGCCUCGGCCUCGCCGCGCGGUGCCCCGGGCCUCUGCCGGCUCUGGCCAUCACGCGCUGCCGCAGCGCCGGUCCUUGUUUCGCUCUGAUUGGACCCCCCGGAGGGAAACGAUUCUUUGCUGAUGAUCGCUCGCACUAUGACCUGUUUGGUAAAAGAAGGCCAGGCGAUGAAGAGUUUAGGAAAGCUUGGCAAGAGCAUGUUGACGAGGAGGACUGCCUAUGGACCGGUAGUGAGGAUGAUGAGGAGGAAGAGAACGAUACAAAAUUGCAGAGGGAAAUUAAAAAAGUGAAGAGACAAGCCAAGGAAAAUGCAAAUCUAAUUGAUGCUGAUGACAGUGAUGAAUUAAGAAGUAUAUGCUCUGAGAGUGAUGUAGACGAUAUGGCGCUCUGGAGUGGCAGUGAAGAUGACGACGAUGAUGACAUUCCUACUGAUGCACACCCCAAUGAGCGCAGUGAUUCUUAUAUAGACAAGGUGUUUGAAUUUGAUGAAGCACCUAAAUAUCGCACGAUCUCAGAGUUGUUAAAAGCUGAGAAGGAGCCGCCAGAGCUCUCUCCAGGAAAGCAAGCAAGGAAGCUUGCUGUAGAAAAUGCUCUGAAGAAGUUGAAGAAAGGGCCUGAUGGACGCUACAUUAAUGUGUUUGAUGUUGUCACUGAUAUAGAUAUCCUUAUUGGUGCGUUUGAGAACAUUGUUUCAGGACCAGAAUACGCUGAGCUGCGGGAGGGUGGACCAAAGAAGCUUAAUAUACAGUUCUUUAAGGACAUACAAGCACGCAUGAGGGACCCAAAUUUCAAAUUUUCUCCAGAGUUAAAACUAAAGCCCAAGAGUAAGUUAGUGCCUAGGAAAAAGUGGCAGAAAGCACAGGCAAGGAAGAGGAAAAAUGAAAGACGUUGAGUCCAGAUCAAAUCAUAGUGUAUUUCUCUGCCUCUUCAAGUAGUAGAUGUUAGUCUGUCUGUAGUGCUAUUUUAGAAUGAACAUCUUUUGUGCGAUGGCACAAGUGCUUAUGAAAAAUAUUCUCUUAUAAUUCCCAUAUCUCUUCCAAUCAAAACAAAAUGUGGUUCUGAAUUGUAUAGUAUAUCCUAAUUCACCAAGCAGAGUGUCUGAUGCUGACCAUUUAUGCUUCAAUUGUGGGCAUCCAGUGUC